UUUUGUGUGACCUUGGAUAAGUCACUCUACUUUUCUCUCAAAUUUCUUUUCUUACAGGGAGUUAAUCAUAGGAAUGACCGUAAACGCCUACUUCGAGGGCGCUUUUCCUUUAAAGGGCUGAUGAUAAAUACCAGUCACAAGGUCCAGCAGAAGAGACAGCUUCUUGAGGACAGGGAACUUUUUUCCUUCUUUGAAUCAGCAGUAUCUUAUUGUACUUCUGUAAUACAGUUCCUGGCCCAUAAAGAGGUGUCAGUAAAUAUUGUAAAUUUAUGAACGUUAUUAGGCAGAUUGCAGUUUUGGCAGGCCACUGUUCUUAAAUCUCUUUUCAGUGAUCCUUUCAUAGUCGGCAUCCAAAGGGCCUUCGCUCUUUGCUCUGUGAUAUGUACUUAAGGCAUUUACUUAAAAAUACUCAAGUCUAAAGAAAUAAUUCUUCUGUCUUUAGGGCACCAUUUCGUUUUCCCGAGGUAUAGCACCCCAGGCUUGGGAUCUGGGUCCGGAGGCUACAAGGAAGAGUUCGGUACGGGAAGCUCAUCCUCCUGCCCUAUGAUUGGUCGGCUCCCACUCCACUCACGCGGCUCUCGUCUCUGAUUGGCCAUUGUGGCACCCCCUCUCAGCCCGCGACUACUUUGUGUGCCCCGGCGGCGCGAAGGUCCUCCGGCUCAGCUUGCCAUUUGGGCUGGCCUGGGCUAGCUCUUCGGCCCACUACUUUGCAUCGCGGGCGCCAGGAAUUUCCCGAGUCCGAGCGGAUUGCUGCUUUUGCUAAGAGAGCACCUUUGACCCUGAUGGUGUUUCCACUCAAGAUAAAGAGCUCUGUUGCCUUUAUUGAUUAACUGAAGAAAUUCAGCAUGUAGAAUCCAUGAAGCACAGGACAAUAAAGCUUCUUACUGAUACCACCAGGAAAAUCUCUUUGAAAGAGUCACCACAGGACUACCACAGAGAGUAAUUUGUCUGAAGCAUCAUGUGUUGAAACAACAGAGGACCGCUGGCCUUACACAAGCUAGAAACAGAGUUACGAUGUUUUCAAUUCAUUGAGCUCUAGGAAGCCACGAAAGUGAGUUGAAAGUCUGAAAAUGCGGCCAUGGACUGGUUCGUGGCGUUGGAUUAUGCUCAUUCUUUUUGCCUGGGGGACCUUGCUAUUUUACAUAGGUGGUCACUUGGUACGAGAUAAUGACCACUCUGAUCACUCUAGCCGAGAACUGUCCAAGAUUUUGGCAAAGCUGGAACGCUUAAAACAACAAAAUGAAGACUUGAGGAGAAUGGCUGAAUCUCUCCGAAUACCGGAAGGCCCCAUUGAUCAGGGACCAGCUUCAGGAAGAGUUCGUGCUUUAGAAGAGCAAUUUAUGAAGGCCAAAGAACAGAUUGAAAAUUAUAAGAAACAAACUAAAAAUGGUCCAGGGAAGGAUCAUGAAAUCCUAAGGAGGAGGAUUGAAAAUGGAGCUAAAGAGCUCUGGUUUUUUCUACAAAGUGAGUUGAAGAAAUUAAAGAAUUUAGAAGGAAAUGAACUCCAAAGACAUGCAGAUGAAUUUCUCUCAGAUUUGGGACAUCAUGAAAGGUCUAUAAUGACGGAUCUAUACUACCUCAGUCAAACAGAUGGGGCAGGUGAUUGGCGUGAAAAGGAGGCCAAAGAUCUGACAGAGCUGGUCCAGCGGAGAAUAACAUAUCUUCAGAAUCCCAAGGACUGCAGCAAAGCCAAGAAGCUAGUGUGUAAUAUCAACAAAGGCUGUGGCUAUGGCUGUCAGCUCCAUCAUGUGGUCUACUGCUUCAUGAUUGCAUAUGGCACCCAGCGAACACUCAUCUUGGAAUCUCACAAUUGGCGCUAUGCUACUGGGGGAUGGGAAACUGUGUUUAGACCUGUAAGUGAGACGUGCACAGACAGAUCUGGCAGCUCCACUGGACAUUGGUCAGGUGAAGUAAAGGACAAAAAUGUUCAGGUGGUUGAGCUCCCCAUUGUAGACAGUGUUCAUCCUCGUCCUCCAUAUUUACCCCUGGCUGUCCCAGAAGACCUUGCAGAUCGACUUGUACGAGUCCAUGGUGAUCCUGCAGUGUGGUGGGUAUCCCAGUUUGUCAAGUACUUGAUUCGCCCACAACCCUGGCUGGAAAAGGAAAUAGAAGAGGCCACCAAGAAGCUAGGCUUCAAACAUCCAGUUAUUGGAGUCCAUGUUAGACGCACAGACAAAGUGGGAACGGAAGCAGCCUUCCAUCCCAUUGAGGAAUACAUGGUGCACGUUGAAGAACACUUUCAGCUUCUUGCUCGCAGAAUGCAAGUGGAUAAAAAAAGGGUGUAUUUGGCCACAGAUGACCCUGCUUUGUUAAAAGAGGCAAAAACAAAGUACCCCAGUUAUGAAUUUAUUAGUGAUAACUCUAUCUCUUGGUCAGCUGGACUGCAUAAUCGAUACACAGAAAAUUCACUUCGGGGUGUGAUCCUGGAUAUACACUUUCUCUCCCAGGCAGACUUCCUAGUGUGUACUUUUUCAUCCCAGGUCUGUAGAGUUGCUUAUGAAAUCAUGCAAACACUGCAUCCUGAUGCCUCUGCGAACUUCCGUUCUUUGGAUGACAUCUACUAUUUUGGAGGCCAAAAUGCCCACAACCAGAUUGCCAUUUAUCCUCACCAACCUCGAACUGAAGGCGAAAUCCCCAUGGAACCUGGAGAUAUCAUUGGUGUGGCUGGAAAUCACUGGGAUGGCUAUUCUAAAGGUGUUAACAGAAAACUGGGAAGGACGGGCCUAUAUCCCUCCUACAAAGUUCGAGAGAAGAUAGAAACAGUCAAGUACCCCACAUAUCCCGAGGCUGACAAGUAAAGCUUGGACGGACAGAUGAGAAAGACAACCAAACUCAGUUCAAACCAUUUGAGCCAAACAACAGAUAAAGAUGGCCCCAACCUAACAACCUAAAAGAGUCAACACCCUCAGCACCAGGAACAGCUGGAUCUGACAGAUGCUCCAUUGGUGGAAUUCCUCUUUAACAAGGGCUACAGUGCCCUCAAACCCAUGCACAGUCAGAUAAUGUACUCACAUAUAACAUGCAAACAGGUUGUUUUCUACUUUACCCUUCUUUCAAGAUUAUAUCCUCAUGAAACAAACACUGCCAUAUUGUGUAAUUUCAGUGACACAGACAUUUUGUGUGAGACUUCAAACAUGGUGCCUAUACUGAGAGACCUACGUGACCUAAUGAGAUGACCCGGAUAGCUCCCUCGGUGGGGAGCUUAAUUCUUAGCCAGUGGUGGUAUUAUAACCACUGAAUUCACUCUAGACAGCAGAUUCAGAAUGAGAAUGGAUGUUUUUGUCUGGAAUUUUUUUUUUUUUUUUUAAGUAAUUGCACCAGUUCAUCCACCUCAUCAUUAAUAAGUGAAGGAUACAACAGAAAAUAAAAUGUUCCCUCUCCAUUAGGAACUUUUGUAAAACAAUGCCAUGAACAGAUUCUUUAGUACUCAAUGUUUCUGGACAUUCUCUUUGAUAACAAAAAAUAAAUUUUAAAAA